CCAAGUGACAGCUCGAGGCAGAGUUACUGCUCCCACACUGCCCAGGAUAGAGUCACCAUGUAUACACCAGCACCUUCAGCUGAGGAGACCAGCAAAGUGUCCCAACCUGCUGCACAGCAUCUCCUCACUUCACAUUUCAUAGACAGAAUCCUGGGGAGGUCCAGGAACUCAGCAGGCAAAAAGGAACCCUCAGGAAACUUCACCCAUGACUCAUUGGAUGUUUUGGAAACAGACGCACAGCUUUCAUCAAGGUUAAUUUGUAAUGCAGGAACCAAUGUCCAACUCAUGGCGGAAGAUAAUGUUACAAACAGGCAGCGAGGGGACAAUGGGGACAGCUCAGUGGUGGACUCCACUAAGGAAAAGAUUGAUUCUGAAGAAAAAAGGGACGAAAGUUCUAAACGCUCCUCUAGUAGCUCUGAACUCAUUAUGCUUACUGGUACAGUGAAAAGGAAGCAACGUCGGUAUCGAACAACCUUUAGUAACCAACAACUCGAGGAACUCGAGAGGGCAUUCAGGAAAUCCCACUAUCCAGAUGUUUUCACCAGAGAGGACCUGGCCAUGCGGUUAGAUCUAACAGAAGCUAGAGUUCAGGUGUGGUUUCAAAACCGAAGAGCUAAGUGGAGGAAACGGGAGAAAACCGAACUGAUGGGCACUGUUCCUGGAUUUGCUAUGGGACAUCCUUUGGGACUAUAUCUUGACGUCCCUUUAAAUCCCAAUCCUCUUGUGGAUCCUGCCUGGAAAACAGAACCUCUGUCAACCGGGACAUCGCCAUCUGCAGCUUCUGCCUUUAGCACAGCUCCGUUGGGACCACUCGGACUCAGUAAUCUUUCCUGGACCUCCUUUUUCAGGAACCCCAUUCUGAGUCCUUACUUUGGAAGGUUCCUCAGCAUCUUAAACCCUUUGGUGACAUCGUCCUCGCUCUUGAUGAAAAAUCCAGUCUCACCAACAUCAGAGUCCCAGUUUCCCCUUCUCCAAGAUCCUGCUACAGAUGAAUGGAAGCCACCCCGUAUUGCAGCCUUGAGACUCAGUGCAAAGGAACACUCUGAGCAUGUUUCCUCUUUAAAUCACCUCCCCAGCUUCCAAAAUGAAAAUAAAGACUUGAGUUAACUUCAUUUGAAGAGGCUUACAAGUGGCACGUAUGUGUCCUGUUUAUGGACAUCGCCAGAUAAAAUUAAUGUCAGUGCAAUUCUGAUUACUUUUCUUGAGAUAUCAAACCCUUUAUAAAACAUAUCUCUUCUUCAAUAGUCUGACAUUAGGAGGACAAUCUUGGAUUCCUAAUUAACCACAUGGAGAACAUACAGUGAAUCUGUCAGUGUGGGUUACACAAAUAUUUUGCUAACUUGCCAAGUGCCUUAGAAUGCUGUGACCGAAUCGGUACAACACUCCGUCUGGAUUCCUGACAUUAAUCGUGUAAAUUAGUCUGAUUGGCUGGACAAAAUUAAUUUAAUAUGAUGUAACAUAUUACAUACAAAUGUAAA